AUUCGCCCCUAGCGGUUCGCGUUGAGGGCUGCAUGCGGACAUCGUGAACCUCAGCCUCCUGCGACUGGCCCAGCAACAUCUCAGACAUCAUCACCACUCUUCCAUAACCACGUCACCUCCCCUCCACGCCGCUUUCCUUCUUCUUUCUAAAACACGCACACCAUUACCUCCCCCCCUAUCCCCCAUCCCCUCAUGCCGCGUCGUAGUUCUCGGGUGCAUGAUGGCGCCACGCGGACCUGGCCCGGUGGUACCCCAACCGUCGCUGCCGCCGUCGCACGUGCAACCUCGUCAGCCUUACAACACCCAAGGCUACAUGCCCAACGGCGCUCCCAGUGCCCACCCGCAUCUCGGUCCCGCUGCUCCGGGUGCCGUCCCUCUACUGCCCAACCAGGGCCGAAUCAUCCAGUCGGGUCCUAUCCGUGUCCUCUGCAUAGCCGACGUACGAGGGAACCUACACUCCCUGAACGAUCUCGCCAAGAAGGCACAGGCCGACCACAUUAUUCAUACCGGUGACUUCGGCUUCUACGACGAUACGUCGUUGGAUCGCAUCGCGGAAAAGACUCUGAAGCAUGUCGCCCAAUACUCGCCCUUGAUCUCCGACGCCAUCAAGAAGGCCAUCACCCAAGGCGGGCCCGGUUCUGUCAAGGCGCGAUUCACUCCUCAAGAGCUACCUCUGUCCGAGUUGCCUCUGCUCAUCAGUGGCAAAGUCAAGCUGGAGGUACCCGUCUACACCGUCUGGGGCGCUUGCGAGGAUGUACGCGUACUGGAGAAAUUCCGAUCCGGCGAAUACAAGGUGCCGAAUCUGCAUAUCAUCGAUGAGGCAAGAUCUAUGCUGCUGGAAAUCGGCGGUGUAAAGUUGCGACUUCUCGGUCUCGGUGGCGCUGUCGUCAUGCACAAGCUGUUCGACAACGGGGAGGGUCGAACUACCAUUGCGGGCGGACAGGGUACCAUGUGGACUACCCUACUCCAGAUGGGCGAACUAGUCGAUACAGCUAACCGCGUGUAUGACCCGACCGAAACCCGUGUUUUCGUUACGCAUGCUUCCCCCGCACGCGAGGGUAUCUUGAACCAGCUUUCGGUCAGCCUCAAGGCUGACUUCUCUAUUUCUGCUGGCCUGCAUUUCCGGUACGGUAGCUCGUACAACGAGUUCAGCGUGAACCCGACCUUGGAUCACUACCGGGGUAAGCUCGCCGCCUCGAAGGCGUCGUUUAACGAUGUCUGGGAGACGGUCAAGGGAGAGGUGGAGCCCGCGAUCCAGCAGAACGAGGCUCAGCAGAAGCUUUUACAAAAUGCGCUGGACCUCGUCGAAAAGAUGCCUAGAACUGCGGCGGGCGGAAACCCCUUUGGCGGUCCUGUUGGCGGCCCCGGCGCGCAGGGUCAGGUCGACGAGAGCGCAUUCAAGAAUAUGUGGAACUUCAACUUGGCGGAUGCCGCGUUUGGCUGGUUGGUGCUGGAAAUACAAGAUGGCCGUAUCGGCACCGAGAUGCGGGCGCAGGGGUUCAACUUCUCACACCGCGGAGCCAAGCAACAAGCUACCCUACCGCAGAGCACGCCUUCGCCAGCACCUACCGCCAGCGGGCCCCCUCCACAGACCUCAGCAACGUCUGCAGGUCCCCCGACAGUAUCCGCCCCGCCGCCUUAUAGCCCGCCACGAAAUCCGUCGGUGCCAUCAUCUUCUAAACCAAUCACGGUCACCCCUUUACAACCGAAACCUACCACGCCGAGGCCAACUACGGCCUCUCCAACCCCUAAUGCCACGGCCAAUAAAGAGAACGAGAAGCCUACGAGUGCUAACGGAUCGGCACACGGACUAGAAAGUGCGCCGUCGCCUGCGCCGCGACCGUCUGCUGAUAGUAUUAUCGGAUUAUUUGUUAUGAACGUCCAGAGCGAUGAGCAGACUCGCGAUAUCUUCCCCGACGAGCACAAGGCCAAAAUUACCAAAGUGGAAAGGUGGGGAAAUAAUAGUAACAACAAGGUUGCCCACUUCCAGAGCGCGGAGGACAGAGAUGCAGCAUACUCUAGUCUCUCUGACGAGUUCAAAGUUCGCCAAGCCGAAGACCGGUCGAAGCCGUUGGUGAAGAUCUUCCAACCACGCGAUUCCAAACCUACCUAUGCAGGUAGAGGCGGAGCCGGAACCUGGGGUAGCGGUAGAGGCCGGGACUCGACGAGCGGAUACCGUAGUGCCGGUGACCGCGGAGGGUUGAGCGGCGGCGAGAGCGGGCCUGAGACCGGCCGCCGUGGCGGUCGCGGCGGCGGAUCACGCGGGGUUAGGGGCGAGCGAGGCGGCCGUGGCGGCAGAGGUGGCCGUGGCGGCUUGAAUAAAGGCGAGGGCGGCAGCGGUUCGCCCGCCCCCACAGGCGACUCGUAAAUAGGUCGACCGCCCAUAGAACGCCUCGUUACUUACGGGUCCUCGCCUAUACUCCGCUAAUGACUUCGCGCAACAACGCGCAUUCUUUGCUUGUAUUCUGGCGCUCUUUCUUCCAACCGGCUUUCUGUCGUCAUACAGGUGGAGUUCAGAGGAUCUGCCGGCCUGCGAAGGAAGCAUUCAGAAGGGGGGAAAUACCAGUCGUUUCAUCCUUUUUGAGAAAACGGAGGUUAGGGUGUGGAUGGUUUGCCCGACG